AUGUAUGCUGGUCGCCGUCCAGAUAAGGUGGACCCGCGUGACACGCGCGUGGCGAGCUGGACGCACUGCCAUCUGUCAGGCGAGCCGCUUACUCCUCCUUGUGUGGUGGACCUUCUCGGAAACGUGUUCAACAAGGAAGCCGUGGUGCGCGCCUUAGUGGAGAAGAGCAUUCCCGUUGCGCUGAAGCACAUCAAGGGGUUGAGGGAUGUCGUUGGGAUUCAGCUGACGGAGAUUCCAGGGCUUGACAAGAAGGCUCAUGUCAGGUUCCAAUGUCCGAUCACUCAGCAGGAGUUCAGUGGCAGCUUCAAGUUUGUCGCCCUUCGCCCCUGUGGACAUGUGCUAAGUGCUCGUGCACUCAAGGAACUGCCCUCCCCAACGUGUCUCGUCUGUCAUGCCAAGUUUCUGGAAACGGAUCAGAUUCCAAUUAACGGUACUGAGGAGGAGGUGGAGGUUUUGCGCACUCGGAUGGAGGAAGAACAGGCUUCCAGGCGUGCUGGGAAGAAGAAAAAAGGUGCUCCUCCUUCUUCUCAGGUUGAUGUGGUUGCUACAGGGAACGAUCUGAAGGUAGCUGCAGUGGGGGGUGUUGAUGGGGUGGCAGUGGUGGAUGUCAGAGCAAGAAGCUUGGAAAAGAAAAGCACCGCAGCAGGGGUGGCAGCAGCUGGUAGUCAAGCAUCAUUUCAAAGCAGUGGACAGGCUACCAGCUGGUGCAAGUAA